GCAGGCAGUGGGGCGGGGCAGGACCGGAGGCUGGGGUGCCGCCUCCUCUGCAACGCCGGGCCCGGAGUCUCAGAACCCAGGGCCCGCAAGGGUCCUCGCGCGGCUGCCGCGAUGCAGAAAUACGAGAAGCUGGAGAAGAUUGGGGAAGGCACCUACGGAACAGUGUUCAAGGCCAAAAACCGGGAGACUCAUGAGAUCGUGGCUCUGAAACGGGUGAGGCUGGAUGAUGAUGAUGAGGGAGUGCCGAGUUCUGCCCUUCGGGAAAUCUGCCUACUCAAGGAGCUGAAGCACAAAAACAUCGUCAGGCUCCACGACGUCCUGCACAGCGACAAGAAGCUGACUUUGGUUUUUGAGUUCUGUGACCAGGACCUUAAGAAGUAUUUCGACAGCUGCAAUGGUGACCUAGAUCCUGAAAUUGUGAAGUCGUUCCUCUUCCAGCUGCUAAAAGGCCUGGGAUUCUGUCACAGCCGAAACGUGCUACACAGGGACCUGAAGCCUCAGAACCUGCUCAUAAACAGGAAUGGGGAGCUGAAAUUGGCUGAUUUCGGCUUGGCUCGCGCCUUUGGGAUCCCUGUUCGCUGUUACUCAGCUGAGGUGGUCACACUGUGGUACCGCCCACCGGAUGUCCUCUUUGGGGCCAAGCUGUACUCCACGUCCAUUGACAUGUGGUCGGCGGGCUGCAUCUUCGCAGAGCUGGCCAACGCGGGGCGGCCCCUGUUUCCUGGCAACGACGUAGAUGACCAGCUGAAGAGGAUCUUCCGAUAUUCUUCCAUCUCCCUUCACCUCAGGCCCUCUGGGAGGGGAUCUGGAAGCCCCUGGAGCUCAGAGUGCAGGCAGGGAGGGCGGCGGUGGGCUGGGCUAGGCCUGGUCAGGGCUUCUCCUGAGGGCAGAGGGUGCCCGCCGCCAGCUGGAGAGCCUGCAGCCUGCAGGCAAGGAGGGCUCACUCCUCCAACUGAGAGCCGAAUCCUUAGGCUGAAGGAGCCAAAAGGAGCAGGGGGACGAUUAGUGAGAGUGGGGGACCGCUGACCGCUUCAUCAGGACCAUGGACCUCAGGGUUUAGGUCAAAGUCGUUAACGGCUAUACAGAACCUGGCCUGCAGAAAACGGCACGCAGCUGGGACUGCGUCUGAGGGUCGCGUGGGCCGGGGGCCGCCUUCUGUCGUGAGCUGGGGGAUAAAGUGAGGGGGG